CAGAACAGACAACACGUACACAUCGAGGGACAUUCGUACGGAGUAAGCAAGAAUAGAAGGAGAGCGCAAAAUGUCAAAUGACAAGUGGUUCGAGAUGAACCAAAGCACCCAGAAGCUGAUCGGCGAACCACCGAAGCGCAAGUUUGUUCAGAUACGCUGGAGCUCCAUUCUGGCGGUCCCCACGCUCCCGUUGGUCGUGCUUUUCAUCCAAAGCAUCGUCUUCUUCUACUUGAACAGGCCUCAGGACAUCGUCAAAGAGUUGGGCGCGCUGGUAGCGACUUUGCCCAACAGCAUCCCGGACCGCAACUGCACCGACUUAGCCUGCCACUGGGCGGCCCUGCAGACCGCUUUAGCACAGCUGAAUGCAAGUCAUGCCGCGAUUUCCAACCACCUGGAGAAGGGUCAGACCGCACGCGCAAGGCUGAAGGCAGGUCAGGAGGCAGGUCAGAUGGCAUUGGCGGAGCUGAAGGCAGGUCAGGAGGCAGGUCAGAUGGCAUGGGAAGAGCUGAAGGCAGGUCAGACAGCAGGUAAGACCGCAUUGGCAGAGCUGAAGGCAGGUCAGGAGGCAGGUCAGACGGCAUUGGCGGAGCUGAAGGCAGGUCACGGCACCAUUUCCAGCGACCUGGAGAAGAGUCAGACCGCAUUGGCAGGUCAGGAGGCAGGUCAGACGGCAUUGGCAGAGCUGAAGGCAGGUCAGGAGGCAGGUCAGACGGCAUUGGCGGAGCUGAAGGCAGGUCACGGCACCAUUUCCAGCGACCUGGAGAAGACUCAGACCGCAUUGGCAGAGCUGAAGGCAGGUCAGACGGCAUUGGAGGCAGGUCAGGAGGCAGGUCAGACGGCAUUGGCAGAGCUGAAGGCAGGUCAGGAGGCAGGUCAGACCGCAUUGGCAGAGCUGAAGGCAAGUCACAACGCGGGUCAGAGCCUGCUGGCCAAAGCCUGGCAGGAGAUUAGCAGCGACAAAGGGCUUCUGAGUCAGACACUGAAAGACCUGAAGACGGACUACAACAGCAUGUCUCGGGCGCGCUCACAAGAGAACAAGGACUUGAGUUCGGCUUUGUCCAGCUUGCGGCAGAAGGUGGUGGAUCAGCCCACCCUUAACAGGGAACUCCAUGGUCUCAUGCCCAGAGACUGCAGUGACAUCAUGGCGGCGGGAAAGUCCACAAGUGAUGUCUAUACCAUCUUUACAGGGUCCAACAGCUUUGAGGCUUACUGCAACAGGUGGCAAGACGGGGGAGGCUGGACCGUGAUCCAGAGGAGAAAGGACGGCACCGUCGACUUCUCUCGGGGUUGGAACGACUUUCGAAAGGGCUUUGGACGCCUCUCCGGAGAGCACUGGCUCGGCCUGCAAAAUAUCCACGCUCUGACGGCCUCGGGCGAUUACCAGUUGCGGAUCGACUUCACCGCAUUCGACGGCGCCAAAUACUACGCUCUCUACAACACGUUCACGGUGGGCCGGAACUCGAUGGACCCCGACCUGGACGGCUACCCGCUGUAUGUGAGCGGCUACUCUGGAAACGCAGGCGAUCGUUUCACCCAGCAUUCUGGGGAGAUGUUCACGCCAUCUUUUAACCAUCUUGUGGCGUUCCAGAAAGUACAAAAACUGUGAGCAAGCAAGCAUUUCAUCAAAUAACGGACGAUAGAGUCCCCAAAUAUUGUUUCGAGGAUGUCAAUUUGUGAAUUGGACACUGCAUACUUUUGUGAAUUGUUUGGUGGUGCGCCAUGAGACUUUUCAAAGUAAAAUGUGUGCGGUUUGCGUAUGAAACCUGCGCAAGCAUGGUUGGGUUUCUUCCUGGUACUCCAGCUUCUCUCACAUGUGACGGCGUGCCACUUCUUUUAUUUACCAUCAUAAUAGAAGGCCUGCAGGCUUGCACAGUUGUCCAUUACUUCAAGAGGAGAUGCUUGGAAUACGGCUUUUCAUGCGCUUGUAUGUCUGUCUUCACUGGCUGCUUUAAUUAGAGGCCUGGGGCUUCACUUUGAGCUCCUGCGCGCGCUUGAGAAAGAGCCACGCACGCUCGCUCGCACACACACACACACACACACACACACACGCACACACACACACACACACACACACACACUAGUGUACGUCAUGGUGUGAACCAGUCAGUGAAGAGAGCCAGUGCGCGUCAUUGCGGUCUGCUUUGGAAGGGCUUCUUGGUUGACUAGGACAAGAGCUGAGAGGAUGCGGGACGGUGUCUCUGCUGCCGCUGCCGUUGCUGCUGCCGCCACCCGAGAUCAUGCACCAAUAAAUCCGCGCGGCGUGGAAGCACCAUGGCUGUUGACGGUAGGCAUAUUACUUUAUUUCAUUAGGUACUGAAAGAUGCAUUGAUAGUUCAUUUGAAGGAACCUCGUACAUAAUUAA